AUGGCGAGCCAGUCAGUGAAGAACAGCCCACCUGUGGGGACUGCUGCACGGGUUGGAAACAAGACGUCUGGAAGAAUAACCACAGUGAUGCCACCUCCUGUCACACGAACCAAAGGGGCUCCGGUGGUCACCACCAACUCUACUGCAGUCUCAACAGACACAGCAGAAAGGGCAGCGGUGGGCGUGGCAACAACUGUGGUACCUGUGACCAACGUCCCGACCCCCAGUGCCUCCAUGGGGCCCGCAUUGUCCUUCCCCACGUCUGCCACGAGGACUCUUCCCACUCUGGACACCAGGCACCCACCUCCCAGCACACCCCAGGCCCACGUGCCAGGGAGCAGCAGCACAUCACCAGAAACAACAGUCGUGACAACGCAAGCCCUGAGUGGCAAGACAGUGGCCAUGUCAAAUGCAAGUGGUCCAGUCAGCACGCACAGUCCUUCCAAACCCAUGACAGGCAACUCCACAGCAGACCUCAGACCCCCCACAAGCCCCCAGGCCCCGAACACAACUGCACAAGGCCCCACCCCCCAGGCGUCAACAGGCCAGCCUACGGCCACCACAGCAGGUCCGUCCACACCCACUCUGUUGGCGACAACCCUCAAGCCCACCACAGUCCCCUCUGUGUCUUCAGUGCCCACGACAACAGCAGCCACCACCAAGGCACACGUGAAGGAGCCCACCGCCAACACAGCGCCAGCACCUCACACCAGCCCGGCCCCUACAACCCAGAUGCAGCCAAAUCUUACACCAUUGACCCAGGGGCCCACAGAACUAGCCUCCACCCAGACCCUGGGGCUGAUGGGGACAGAAGCCAGGCCGGGUACUGCUCCGACUGGGCCAACACUCGGGGCCUCCAAGCUGCCGGCUACAGACGCUUGUCAGCUUAGCACCCAGGGCCUGGUGGUCACUGCUGAGCCCAUGGCCCCAUCCCUGAGCUUUCUCUUGACGGUGCUGCUCCUCGGCGUGACCCUGUUCAUCACCGUCCUGGUUUUAUUUGCCCUGCAAGCCUAUGAGAGCUACAAGAAGAAGGAUUACACACAGGUGGACUACCUAAUCAACGGCAUGUAUGCCGACUCUGAAAUGUGA